GUCCUGUGACGUCACUGCCCUGCGCCGCCCGUGUCCCUUUCCGAGAGGGAGAGUGUUGGGCUGUGCAGACCUGGGGCUGACGAGUCUGGCUUGUGUGCAAGUUUCACUUUUCUCGCCAGAUUGGACGCCGCGUCUAAAACAAGAGGAAACAUGGGACCGGUCGAGCUCCUGCACAUGUCCGUCUUCUCUCAGAGCUUCUCGCCUUGCAGUCGGUUCCUUGCGGCUGGAAACAACUACGGCGAGAUCGCCAUCUUCAGUCUCUGCUCCGCUCUCAGCCCUGAGGCCACGGAGUCCAGCCAGAGGCCCAUCCUCACCUUUAAAGGUACGCCCUGCGCCAGCCUGACACAUCGGGACUGUUGCCUACAGGAGUGGGAAUUCUGUAAUUCUGUGGAGGUGUUUUUGCCUAAUCCCGGUCUCUCCCUCUCUCUCCCGGGCAGGAGCAGCCUGGAGAUCCCGGAGAUCAACGCGAUGGUCAUUAACCCUAGAGAUAACUCCCUGUUGGUCGGCGGGGGCGACAACAACAUCCACAUCAUGGAUCUGGAGUCAGGGGCCUUCAAGAUGGUGAUGCAGGGUCACACUGACUACAUCCACUGUCUCAGUCUGAGAGAGAGGGAGGGAGAGGUCCUUUCUGGCGGUGAAGACGGCUCAGUCAGGGUGUGGGACCCGCGGUCGGGCAGCAGUGUGCACUGCAUCGAGGUCUACAAGUACGAGGACUGCGCCAGACCGCAGUACGGGAAGUGGAUCAGCUGUCUGACGACAGACUCUGAUUGGAUGCUGUGUGGGGGAGGCCCUUCUCUGUCUCUCUGGCACCUGCGCUCCAUCACUCCCACCACUGUCUUCCCCCUGUCUGGAUGCCAGAGAGAUGCAGCCUUCUACCAGGACCUGAUCCUGUCUGUGGGCGACAGCGCCUUCCUGUCUCACUGCCAGCUCAACGGGGAGCCCCGCGCCCACAUUCCCUGCACCCCCCAGAGCCUGUACACCCUGGGUCUGAACACGCGCUCCUCCGAGCACCGGGUGCUGACAGUAGGGGGCAGCAGUGGGCAGAUCGAUGUCUUCACCAACUUCAGCUACAGAGCUUUCUCCUUGUCCUUCUGACGCGUGACGCUGGCGUGCGGACUGCUUCUUUCUAUGCUGUUUUUGUAAAAAUAAAGGCUUUUAUAGAACCCUG